UCCUAUUGUUGCAGCAGUAAUGUCAGGUCGUGGAAAACAGGGCGGCAAAGCUCGAGCCAAGGCCAAGACCCGGUCCUCUCGAGCUGGUCUGCAGUUUCCUGUGGGCCGAGUGCACCGUCUGCUCCGCAAAGGUAACUAUUCUGAGCGAGUCGGGGCUGGCGCCCCUGUAUAUCUAGCAGCGGUGCUGGAGUAUUUGACCGCUGAGAUCCUGGAGCUGGCGGGCAACGCUGCCCGUGACAACAAGAAGACACGUAUCAUCCCACGCCAUCUACAGCUGGCCAUCCGUAACGAUGAGGAGCUAAACAAGCUUCUGGGCCGUGUGACCAUCGCACAGGGUGGUGUCUUGCCUAAUAUUCAGGCUGUACUGCUGCCUAAGAAGACUGAGAGCCAUCAUAAGGCUAAGGGAAAGUAAAGCACUGGGUCUGCAUUGGCCUUUUUCGUUUCUCUAGAGCAAGAAAAAUCAG